CUUACUCUCGCCUUCAUAUCUUUGGGUGUGUCUCCUAUGUUCUUCUCCCUCGGUCUGAACAUACUAAACUUACGUCUAAGACAACUCGUUGUUGUUUUCUUUGCUACCUUUGGUACGAUCCUGUUGCGCGUCGUGCUCGUAUUGCCUGUCAUGUCGUGUUUCUUGAAAAUUCGAUGUAUCAUUCUUCCAUUCCUGCGUCCGAUCCACUAUUGUUUGAUAUGUCACUUGCACCACCUUCCUUUCCUGAUGAUGAUGACGAUGAUCUCUCCGACGAUCUGCUACCCCCCGACUCCCCUCUCUCGAACGCGACAUUUCUCCAGAUUCGUCCUCCCACAACUCUUCCCCCAGGGAUACAUCAUCAUCGUCUCCGCCUCUAGUGGAGCCUCUUUGCCGAUCGCUCCGUUCCACUAAGGGUGUUCCUUUCCGCCUGCUCGUCACAUGGAUUUCUUGGCCUACUGUGUUGAUCCCAUUCCAGUUCCUACACGUUAUUCACAUGCAAAUUAGAGACAUCCCGAGUGGGAUAAUGCUAUGACAUAGGAGAUUGACGCACUUCACGCUAAUCACACGUGGGACAUGGUUCCUUGUCCUCCACUAUCUAUUCUGGUUAUUGGCCCUCGCUGGGUGUACGCUAUCAAGGUUCGUACAGAUGGUUCUCUUGAGCAGUUUGAAGCCAGAGUGGUGGAACAUGGUUUUUCUCAGGAAUAUGGGAUUGAUUUCGAGGAGACUUUUGCUCCUGUGGCGAAGAUGGUUACUGUUCGCACUCUAUUCACUACAACAAAACGUCUUUUAGCGACGAUAUUCAGAACAUUAGCGACGGUCGCACCCGUCGCUAGAACUUAUAACGACGACCAACCAAACGUCACGGACCCAGCAAUCUAUAAAAUUUUUUGCGACGCUUUUGGGUUGACCGUCGACAACAUUUAGCGAUGGUUGUAACCGUGGUUAUUUUUGAAAGAACCAUCGCUAAAUAAAUAUUACGAAAAUAGGACUAAAUUACUUAGUGACCGUUCUGACCAUCGCUAAAGGUAACAUUUUUUAAAUUACCUUCUCUUAUGAUAACACCACAAAUCUGUUGUAAUUUUUUAAUAAACAAUUUAGCAAUUC